UUUCCGGGGGCCCCUGGUGCUCGGGCGCAGCGGGGAGGCCGGGCCGGGCCUGGCCGGGGCUCGAUCGCCCGGCGUCGGGAAAUGGCGACAGGAAGUCGGAUGGAGGACGGUUCCGUGGACAUCAUCCAGAGUGUGGAGGACGAGCCCCUCCUGGGUGCCCAGCUUCCCCCGCAGCACUCCCUGCAGGCUCACUUCAGACCCAGGUUCCAUCCGGUCCCCACGGUCCUCAUAGCAAGUCUUCUCUUGGUUUUACAUGUUGUGUUCGUGACUUUAGCAUUUUUAACAGGUGUGCUUUGUACCCUCAACCAUCCAAAUGAUGAUGACAAGUGCCCAGGAAAUUACACAAACCCACUGAAAGUUCAGACGGUCAUAAUCCUGGGGAAAGUGAUCCUGUGGAUUUUGCACAUGUUCCUCGAGCGCUACAUCCAGUGUCACCACAGCAAAGCGAGAAAGCAAGGCUAUAACCAGCUAUACCGAUCCACUCGGCAUCUCAAAAGCCUCGCCUUCACGAUCCACUCCACGGGGAACACCGCCCUCCUCCUCAUCCUGGGCCUGCAGCACUCCUUCCCCGAGUUCAGCUGGCUGUUCCUUCUCCUCAUCCUCACCACCCUGGGCCUGGAGCUCAUCUGCUCGUUCACCUGGCUGCUCCUGUAUGCAGUGAAAAUCGGAAGAUUUAAUAGAGCUAAACCACAGCCUGAUGUUCUUGAAGAAGAAAAAAUCUAUGCUUACCCUAGCAGUAUUCCUUCAGAGACGGGAUUCAGGACUGUUUCAAGCUUAGAAGAAAUUGUUGAAAAGCAAGGAGACAUCAUCCUGUGCCUGAAGCGGCACAAUGCACUGUUGAGUAAACGGCUGUUGGCACUCACUUGUCCGGACCUAGGCAUGCAGGCGUGACCGCUGUCCUAAUGAGAGUCCC